AUGUUUGUUCCGUGGAUGCUGGAGAUGAAGUGGUGCUUGAAGUCAUUGUGAGAACAGCUCUAGACCCUUUUAAGACAUCACGCGGACGCUUUAUUUUUAUUUUUUAUUUUUAUUUUUUAUUUUCUGAUUUUAACCCUGGCUUAUCGGUUCUUUCUGGGGCACGCUGAAUUCGUCUGGGUCAGUCCUACACCUUGCCCUGCCCCGGAUCUAUAAACCCCAGGUUCCCCCCCGAUGCGGAUGGUAAGAGCCAUCAUUCUUUAUCCAGGCUUCUGAUAUUCUUCUCUUUACUUCUUUUCUUUCUACUUUCUGUCGCCCCAUACUUCACUCCUUAUCCUAGUAUCCUCUCUUCUAUACCCCCCUUCCCAUAACCAUGUCCUUCGCACUCUCCCGUGUGCUGGCCCCAGCACGGUCGAAGCUUCCUUCUGUUGCCAUCUCUUACUCUCUUUCUACCCGGCUACACUCCACUGGCCCUGGUCCCUACAGUCCAAUCCAGACCAAAUUGGCUUCAGUGAGAGGAUCCAAGAAUGGCAACCGAUUCAAAGAAUUCGACCUACAGGACCGGGUGUAUGCUAUCACUGGUGGUGCCAGAGGUCUUGGUCUCGCAAUGGCUGAAGCGCUUUUGGAGGCUGGCGCAAAAGUCUACUGCUUGGACCGUCUCGAGAGCCCGGAUCCCGAGUUCAUGGCCGCUAAGGAGCAUGGAGAACGGGAAUUUGGUGGCCUGCUAGAAUACCGCCGUCUCGAUGUCCGCAACGAUGCGGAAGUCAACAACGUCUUCUCCGAGAUUGCCGGCAACAACCAGCGGCUGGACGGUCUGAUUGCUGCCGCCGGAAUCAACUACCUACAGAGUGCUCUGGAGCACUCGCAAACAGCCCUGAACGAAGUCAUGCAGAUCAACUACAACGGCGUUUUCAACUCCGCCACCGCCGCUGCGCGCCAGAUGUUCAACUACCAACAAAAGGGCUCGAUCCUGCUCAUUGCUAGCAUGAGCGGUCUCAUCGCCAACAAGGGCAUGACAUCUCCCGUAUACAACUCCUCCAAGGCCGCUGUCAUCCAACUCUCCCGUUCCCUGGCUAUGGAAUGGGGACGUCACGGUAUUCGCGUGAACAGUCUGUGCCCCGGACACAUUGUCACCCCCAUGGUUGAGCAGGUCUUCCAACAGAACCCCGCUGCGCGAGCUGUUUGGGAAGCUGAGAACAUGCUUGGGCGGCUAGCUACACCAGAGGAAUUCCGGGGUGCUGCACUCUUCACUCUAAGUGAUGCGAGUAGCUUCAUGACUGGAAGCACGAUGCUCAUCGACGGUGGCCACACUGCGUGGUGAGUCUGCUAUGAUUAUUCAACUAGACGACAACAAGGGAUAUGAGAAGAACAAUCCGCAUCCGUGAUCCGGGAUAGCGCUAAAACAAGGGAUGCAUCGGUCUGCUGGCGAAAGAAUCACGCAUGCGGAGUA